GUCCACAAGGCGGCGGCGGCGACUACUCCUCUGCCCCGCCGCACCGCACCGGAAUCGUGUCCGUCUCUCCCGACUGGCGGUACACGCACGCACACACGAUCACAUACCACGGACGUCGGACCCGCACAGUCGAGCAGUGAGCACUCUGACCGCCGUCGCGCCUAGUACACGUCGUCACUCGUCACCAGCAGUACGGAGGCGCGCCUCAUUUCCGCCUUGUCGUCACUCGAUCGUCGUCAACAACUGCGCGGUAACUACCAUAACAGUUAUCGUCUUGGCUGGUUCGACGUGCAGUACCAAUUAGCGAAAAAUCGUUAUGCCGUUCGGGCUCUAAUCGUGAACCGUCGCACCAUCAUCAUCGUCGUUAUUGCCGAAAUCGUCAGUCGUUUUUGACCGCAGUAAAUCCGUGUUGGACGUCCUCCACCCGCCCCCGUGUGUACGGUUAGUGCCGAAAAAUGUCUAAGGUCUCCAACUACGUCAAGGCGCUCAACGGCGGUGCGAACGUCACCGCCGCCGACGAUGAGCUUAAGGAACAAUUUUCCAAGAUUGAUAAAAAUGGAGAUGGUACAAUUGAUCUUUCAGAAUUACAAGAGGCUUUAGAUUUAUGUGGUUUUAAGCUACCUGCAUGGAAAGUUCGAAAAAUGAUUGAAGAUUAUGAUGGCAAAAGAACGGAAACAAAAGGAAAACUUGUGUUUUCAGAAUUUAAAAAGUUAUGUUCAGACUUAAAAGCAGGAGAAGUUGCUAGCUCAUUUAAACAAGUUGUUUCUAAAAAGGAAAACUUAGAAACAUUAGGUGGAAUGUCUGAUGCAUCAAGUGAAGGAACAACACAUUCUGUACGAUUAGAAGAACAGCUUGCAUUUUCUGAUUGGAUCAAUAGUAACUUGAGUAAUGAUCCUGACUUGAAGCAUUUGCUUCCGAUAGAAUGUGAAGGGAAAAAUUUGUAUGAAAAAGUCAUAGAUGGAAUAUUACUCUGCAAAGUUAUCAAUCAUUCUUGUCCUGAUACAAUUGACGAAAGAGCAAUUAAUAAAGAAACAACCAAAAGCAACCUUACUGUUUACAAAAAAUUAGAAAAUUUAACAUUAGCACUAGUUUCCAGUCAAUCUAUUGGCUGUAAUAUUGUCAAUAUUGAUGCUCAUGAUCUUGCUAAAGGAAAACCACAUUUAGUCCUUGGUUUACUUUGGCAAAUUAUUAGGAUAGGAUUGUUUAAUCAAAUUACUCUUGAAAACUGUCCUGGGUUAGCUACACUGUUACAAGAUGGAGAAAAAAUUGAAGAGCUUAUUAAACUAUCACCAGAAGCUAUACUUCUCCGAUGGGUUAACUACCACUUGAAUCGUGCUGGAGUUUCAAGACAAUGCCAUAACUUCCAAAAUGAUAUAACUGAUUCAGAAAUAUACACAUACCUUAUGAAGCAAAUUGCACCACUUGAUUCUGAUGUUGAUAUGUCUGCACUUAUGGAACCGGAUUUGAACAAAAGAGCAGAUAUAAUGUUACAGCAAGCAGCUAAGUUAGGGUGUCGUAGUUUUGUAACACCCGUUGAUGUCGUGAAUGGUGUAUACAAAUUAAAUCUUGCAUUUGUUGCUAAUUUGUUUAACAAUCAUCCAGGAUUAGAUAAACCUGAAGGAGAAAUAGCAGGAUUAGAAUCAAUUGAAGAAACAAGAGAAGAAAAAACUUACAGAAAUUGGAUGAAUUCUAUGGGCGUUGCACCUCAUGUUAAUUGGCUUUAUUCAGAUUUAGCAGAUGGUCUCAUCAUUUUUCAAUUGUAUGAUAUUAUUAAACCAGGAAUUGUAAAUUGGUCUAAAGUACACAGGAAAUUUUCUAAGCUACGAAAAUUCAUGGAAAAGUUGGAAAAUUGCAAUUAUGCUGUUGAGUUGGGUCGUCAACUUAAGUUUUCGUUAGUUGGCAUUGCAGGACAAGAUUUAAAUGAUGGAAAUGCAACUCUUACAUUAGCUUUAAUUUGGCAACUAAUGAGAGCAUAUACUUUAUCUGUCUUAACUCAACUUGCCAAAACUGGAAGUCCUAUGAUUGAAAAAGAAAUUGUUACCUGGGUUAACAAUAAGUUACAAAAUGCCAAUAAAUCUUCAACUUUGAAAGGAUUUCAAGAUCAUGCAUUAUCUGAUGGCCGAAUUGUUAUUGAUUUAAUUGAUGCAAUAAAACCAGGCACUAUUAAUUAUGAUAUAGUUAAAGAAGGUGGCGAUGCUGAGGAUAAUUUAGCAAAUGCUAAGUAUGCAAUAUCAAUGGCAAGAAAGACAGGUGCUAGAGUGUAUGCUUUACCAGAAGAUAUUACGGAAGUAAAACCUAAAAUGGUAAUGACACUCUUUGCGUGUCUUAUGGCUAUUGAUUAUGUUCCUUACAUGGACGUUACUGGAAAAUCAGACUCGUAACCAAAUUAUGUAUUAAUAUUAUUCUUAGAAAUUAUCAACAUUUACAGUUCUAUAUACUUUAUUUAUUUAUACAUAAAUAUUUGUAAAUUAUUUUAUAUUGAAAAAUAUUUUUUUUAAUUUUGGAAAUUGACAGCAUUUAAACAUAAUAUGUUGGCUGUCGAUAAGUUUGAUGUACAAUACAAUUUUUAUAAAUAUAUUUAAAUUUUUGUAAUAGGUAUUAAGUAUGUUUAAAUCAACUUUUAUUUUCCAAAUAUUUUGUAUAUUUGCUAAAAACGAACACUUGGCAACAUUUGUUACCAACUUUUUAUAUUUUGAUUACUAAUAUAACAUAAGAUAAUAACUUUUAGUCUUCAAUCAUUCUUAUUUCGGCUAUUAAAUAUUAAAACAAGUUUAUUAAAGCUGAAAUUAGUUGUAGAAGACUGACUUACCAAUUAAUAUUUAUAUAUUUGCAAAUAAGUACAUAACAAUAAAAAAUAUUUUUAAUGGGUGGUUAAUAAUAAUUACUUCAAAAUUCAAAUAUUAUUGUCAUAAUAUGUAUUUAUUUUGUAUUACAACUUAAAAUUAUUAUUUUAAUUUAAUUUAUUUUUAUAUUUUAUAGUUUAUUAAUUAUUACUAACAUAAAUAAAUGUGUACUUAAAAUGCUAAGGUUAAUUUUCUUUAAUUUUUUGGUAUUUUAUUGUUUAUACGUUUUUUUUAAAUUUUAUUUUAUUGAAAUGAUUUAUUUAUUUUAUUAUUAUUGUGAUUGCUAAAAUAAAAUUAUAUAAAGUAA